AUGACAACACCACGCGAAAACCGUCCCAACGACACUGUAGAGUUAUUACCAUUAAAAUCUGCUCUAGUCAACAAUAAUUAUAAAGAUGAAGACUCGUAUUACCCGCCCCCUCUCAACAAUAACCCGUCGAGUUCUAAUCUCUACGAUUACACACUACUGUCGAAGAGGACGCCGGCCUCUAAAAGAUUACUAUCGCGCACCCAACAGCCUGCGCCUACGCCGAUGUUGACGUUAUGCGGCGCGCCGCCCCCCUCCAGGAAGAGAGAGGAGUUGACUGCGCUCGCCAAUCUCAGGAAAAAAGUUUCACCUGCCUUGUUACAACCUGACAGAAACGCCAAUAAAAAUGACAACGAACAAAAUAAGAAUAGUCAUGAAGAGACUCUCGACAAUCGGCCCAAGCUUUUACAAAGGGUUCUGCAAUCCAGGCCAGUGAGUAUGGUCGUCCAGUGGAGUGAAGUUCGCACCGCUUGGCAGGACAGUGACUUCAUAACCGAGUGUCUAUGCUGGCACAACGUCUACCGCCAGAGACACGGCGCACCACAGCUCUACAUGGCACCAGAGUUAUGCGACUACGCACAAGCGUGGGCAAAUCACCUGGCGCACACUAACAAAUUCCACUACAGAAAUGAUCGAGAUGUCGGCCAGAAUUUGUACCAACGACCUGUCAGCGCUCUACAACCAGAUGUCACAGGUCAAGAAGUGUCUUCCUACUGGUACGCCGCGGUGCGCCAGUACAGCUAUUUCAAAGAGCCGGAUGUACUCCACGCAAAUGUUAACGCAGGUCACUUCACGCAAAUGGUUUGGGUUGCCACGACAUUCUUCGGCGUCGGGAAAGCUCGUUCCCGGGACGGUAAAGUUAUAGUAGUGGCCAACUACUCCCCGCCAGGCAACUUGUCUGGACAGUUCGAGGCUAAUGUCCUGCCCCCGCUGCCCGAGAACUUCCCAGACAUACCAACGCCCCCACAACACUGA